AUGACCCUCUGUGGUUGCUUCUAUCAGCCAGUUCCCCGAUCAAAGCCGGUGUACCUCCCGCGUGUUGCAAUUGACAUACGCGCCACUAUUCUCUCCUCCACCGCGCGCACUGUCUUCACUCAGACCUACUGCAAUCCAUCAGAAAAGCUUAUCAAAGAAGCCUCGUACAUAUUUCCUCUCCACCAUGGUGUCAGCGCGGUUGAAUUCCACUGCCAGGUCGGCAGCCGCAAGCUGCACAGUCGCGUCAAACCGCGGCAAGAAGCCAAGACGGAAUACGAGAAUGCGGUUGAUACCGGCCAGUCUGCUGCUCUGAUGGAUCAGACGCUCAGUGCAACGGAUGUAUUCUCACUCAAACUUGGAAACGUUCAACCGGGAGAGAAGGUGGUGGUGGAACUCACUGUGGUCGGGGACCUGACGCAAGAUGCACAGACUGAUGGCAUUCGCUAUACCAUCCCGAAUUCAAUUGCACCCCGAUAUGGCGUGCAACCAGACGAUAUCCAACUCUCAAGCGCAUCUUCUACACAGUUCGAGGGCAUUUCUAUCACGGUAGAUGUACAGAUGGAGAAAGUGGCUAUCAUUCGAGAAAUCCAGUCAAGUAGCCACACCCUCAAUGUCUCGCUGGGCCGCAUCUCCAGCGUCUCAGACACCACGUUCAAUCCCUGGCAAGCAUCAGCAAGCACUAAAAUUACCCAAGACGACGCCCUUCUCCGUGACUUCGUCCUCCUCAUCAAGGCAGACGGACUGGAUACUCCCCGUGCCAUGUUGGAAAUACAUGCCCGGCUCCCCAACCAACGCGCCAUUCUAACCACCCUGGUCCCCAAAUUUGGCCUCCCUCUCAGCAAGCCCGAGAUGAUCUUUGUAAUUGACCGGAGUGGGAGCAUGGACGAUAAGAUUGCAACUCUCAAAACUGCCCUCAAGGUGUUCCUCAAGUCGCUCCCCCUGGGGGUAUGCUUCAACAUCUGCUCCUUUGGCAGCUCAUAUUCCUUCCUCUGGGAUCGGAGUCGGCUGUAUGACGCAGCGAGUCUCCAAGAUGCACUUAAUUUCGUGGAGACGGUCGACUCCGACAUGGGCGGCACAGAGAUGCAAGGCGCCGUCGAGGCUGCGGUCGGCGGUCGACUCCCAGACAAGGAACUGGAGGUGCUCAUCUUAACAGAUGGACAGAUUUGGAGGCAGAAGGUCUUGUUUGAAUUCGUCCGCCGAACAGCGGCGGAUGACAGUGCGCGGUUCUUCUCGCUAGGAAUCGGAGACGCGGCAUCGCAUUCAUUGAUCGAGGGCAUUGCACGUGCUGGGAAUGGCUUCUCCCAGUCGGUGUUGAAGUAUGAAGAGCUUGACCGCAAGGUGGUGCGUAUGCUGAAGGGGGCGUUAACUCCGCAUAUCAGCGACUACAAACUGGAACUGGAGUAUGAGUCUUCGGAGCAGGAAGAAUUCGAGCUGGUCGAGCAUGAGGGUCCUACAACAGUCCCAGUUGAGAUGGAGCCAAAAGACCAGCAGCCCAUAUCUCUUUUUCAUCCCAAUUACACUGAGCCUGAGGAUGUAGACAUGGUGGAUGUAAGCAAUCUACCGCAUGUCUUCCCCCCGUCGAUCAUUCAAGCGCCGCACGAGAUCCCUCCUCUGUACCCUUUCAUCCGAACAACGGCAUACCUUCUCCUGAAUCCAGAGUCUACGCAUCAGACACCAGCAGCAGUAAUAUUCAAAGCCACCUCCAAACAAGGGCCCCUUGUCCUCCGCAUUCCCAUUGAUAAUGUCGGCAAAGCCGAAACGAUCCAUCAGCUGGCCUGCCGAAAAGCCAUGCUCGAAAUGGAAACGGGACACGGGUGGCUCGGGGAGAUCGAUCUCGGCCAUGGCGAUGGCCUCAAGAACCUGCACGAUGACACCGCACUGCGCAUAAUCGAGCAGCAAUGCGAGAACCUCGGCACAAGGCUCCAGGUGGUCGGCAGAUACUGCUCAUUCGUCGCCCUUGAAAUCGACUCCUCAUCUCAAUCAGAACGGGAAGUCGAGUCCGCCGCAGACAUCCAUCGCUCACCACCGCUGGCUCCGACAGUCUCUGAGUUUGCACCUGCAAUGAGAUGCUUGCAAUCACCAAACUCCCCAUUUGCAUCGAGCUCAUUUGCCGCUGCGCCGCCGCCGCCCUGUCCUGCUCCAGCCGGUUUUGGAUCAGGGCGAGGGGGCGGCCCACGUCUUCGCACGGCUAGUCGGUCAACAGGGAUAGCGGGUGAUCUCCAAGACUCUACCGCCGAUAUCAGUGGCGCGAGCCAAGAGGUCUCCAAGGUUCACCAGAUCAUUGCCCUGCAGUCAUUUGAAGGUCACUGGGACUGGACUAGCGAAUUGAUGGGGAUACUGGAAGUGGAUGAAGCGGCCCUGCGAGAGAGGUUGGCGAGAGAUGGGGAUGGGAAGUAUGAUGAUAAGAUAGUCGUAACAAUGCUGGUGCUGGCAUACCUCCGUAACAAGUGUCCGGCGGACCGGUCACUGUGGGAGCUGGUGUAUGGGAAGGCUGAAGAUUGGGUGAAGCAGCGAGUAGCUGAGGGCAAGGGGGUUAGUGAGGCAAUGAAGAAUGAUCUCAGCGGGUUGGUGUUCUCAUAG